AUGGCCUUGGACAGUUUUGCCCUUGCCGUUCUGAGAGCUGCCUUAUCACCUGAUCUGAAGGCUCCGAGAUCUCAGCAGUUCACGUACCUAAGCAGACAACCACGGUUUCUGAUUGGGAUCCGCAGCCUCUUCGAAUAUGUUCCAGUCGGUGUACUCAGAACAGUCCUGAAGAGCAGGGAUAGCAUCUGCUGGCCAGGUUCUCACCUUCCUUGGAACUGGUUUGGACCGUCUGACAAUCGGUCUAUGGGCAGCAAAAUCUACAUGUUGGUAGAAUUUUGGAAGAGCCACCUUGAGAUUUACAUGGUUGAAGUCUCCGGAAUAAGAACAACAAUGUAUUCAAAAUUUCAAAAAACGUUCAACACCAUCUUUAGAACGAACAAUGAGGACCACAAUCAACGUACGACUGUGACUGCACCAUCUUGUCCCCAGGAACUGGUCAUUGAAGCAAAGAUCACAGAACAGGUGGUAUCAAAAGCACUUGUUGAAAAACUUCUGACUCCACAGAAGAAUGAAUCUAGCUGCAAGAAUAUCAAAGCUAGAAAAGCUCUUGAGAGAAAAGCUCAAGAUGAAGCCGAACAAUACACAAGGCAGAAGAACAAAAGAAUGAGGGAACAGGAACAAAUUAAACAAAUUCUAAAAGAAGAAUCACUUGAGAAAGCUGAACAAUUUGCAACACAGCAGAAAGAGAGACUGAAAGCAAAUGAAAGUCUGAAGAUCAACAUUCUAGACAAAGAAGUGCAAGAAGAAUAUAAAAAACAAAUAUUAAAACGCAAAUUAAGAAAUGUGCUUCUUCUGGAAAAGUGGAAAAUUCAAGAAAAAGAAGACCAGGAGGAAGCAAGUAGGGAAAUGAUGAAGAGGAAUUUGCAAAAUGAGCUUAUGAAAGAAAAUGUAAAAAUUCAAAAACAAAAGGAAUCUGUAGAGGAAGCUCAGAGAUUUGCUAUACAGCAAAAACACAGAUUGAUAGCAAAUGAGAGACUAAAGACCAACAUUCUAGAAAAAGAAGAACAAGAAGAACCUAACAGAGAAAUACAACGCAAGGUUGAGUUUAUAAACCAGGAAGAAGAGCUAGCUAUUACUCCAGCGAAGCAAAGUCCCAAGAAAGUUUCUGCUGAGAAACUGAGGGUGAGUUUUGGAAAGAAAAGCAACGCCACAGAGGUUGAAAUAGAGAAAACAGAAGACAUGAAAAAGAUGGAAAUAGAAACAUCUCCAGAGGAAGAAGCUCAGAUGCUUCCAGCUCCAGCAAAGAAAAGUCCAGAGAAAGUUCCUGCUGAGAGACCAAAGGACACUGGGAGCCAAAAGGCAUCUCUUCACAUUUCAUCACCUGAAGCAGAUGCACAGAAGGAUGUUAGGGAAAAGCCUGAGGUAGCCAAUCAGGAUAAAAAUACAAACCUGCAAAAGACAAUAGCAAAGGAAGAAACUAGAAAUAAGAAUAGAGUUCGGAUCCGUAGAGUACCUAUAAAGAAACCAGAGUCGUUCUUUGAUUUUCCUGACCGGAUGAAGCGGAGAACUCACUAUUGUCGGAUCGUUGAUGAUCUUGACAAAACUCUAGACCAAAAUCAGGUGGAAAGAAGGCUGGUGCAAAAAGCAAUACCAUCUAUUACAGAUUUCCAGCUCCAAUCAUAUAUCGGCGAGGGUGCAUUUGGAAAGGUCUACAAGGGACAACACAGAACCUCUGGAAAGACUGUGGCAAUUAAAACCAUAGAAAUGCACGAUAUCAACAAUAGAGGUGUAUUUCAUUGUGUUGCCCAAGAGCAGCGCAUCCUCCGGCUGAUCGACGAGGAGAAAUGUCAGUUCCUUACCAGUUUACUCUGCUCCUUCCAGACUGAAGAUCAUUUGUGUCUGGUUAUGGAGUAUGCGGAAGCAGGAAACUUAGCAGCAUUCACGGCUCAACCUGGAAUGCCACUUGAGAGAGUUCGAUUCUACUCCGCUUGCAUGGUUCUAGGACUGCAGUUCUUACAUGAGCACAAUAUCGCCCAUCGAGAUCUAAAACCAGAGAACAUAUUGCUGUAUGGUGAUGGUUAUGUCAAAAUUGCAGACUUUGGGAUCAGCGAAUUAGGUAAGAUUUGUAACAUAUACACGGUUAAGCAGUUGAGCAUUGGUCAUAUAUGUUAUUGUAACCAGAGGUAG